CAACCACUGGAGGAGGUUUUUUCUCUACUUUAGGAGCCUCGGUCACUUUGAUCGCCGGGUUAAACAGCGGGUGAGACUCCAACGGCUUCAUCUCUGCAUACAACCGAGACACUCACAUUCGGCGACAACGUUGAUAAAUAUCGUACUGUGGGAUUUGUGUCUUCUCGAGAGGGGAAACAUGGCGGAAGGCUUCGGAGACGACUUGUUCAGCGUUUUUGACGAUGAACAGACAACUUCGACUAAAAAGUCGAGCUCAAAGACCGAGUCUCGGGUCGGGAAAGUAGCUGGCACACGUGGCAGAGAAAAUACAGAAUCUCCGCCUGGGGCAAAGACGAAACGGGAGGCAGAGAACGAUGGCGCUGACGAGGUUUCGUUUGGUAAAAAGGCCAAAAUGGAUACGGUGUCAUCGGAGGAGAUCAAUCUUGCUGACCUGAUGCCUAAAGUCAAAGUAGAGCAGGUCGAGACGGUGGAGGGCUGCACGCAUGAGGUGGCGCUGCCUGCAGAUCAGGAAUACACACCACUGAAGCCACGAGUAGGAAAAGCAGCCAAGGAGUACCCGUUCAUUCUUGACCCGUUUCAGCGCGAGGCCAUUCUGUGCAUCGACAACAACCAGUCUGUCCUCGUGUCCGCUCACACCUCAGCCGGGAAAACUGUGUGCGCCGAGUACGCCAUUGCUCUGGCUCUGAGGGAGAAACAGCGAGUGAUCUUCACCAGCCCCAUUAAAGCUCUGAGUAAUCAGAAAUACAGAGAGAUGUACGAGGAGUUCCAGGAUGUGGGACUGAUGACUGGAGACGUGACUAUUAACCCUACUGCCUCCUGCCUCGUCAUGACCACUGAGAUUUUGAGGAGCAUGCUGUACCGGGGGUCAGAGGUCAUGCGGGAGGUGGCCUGGGUCAUAUUUGACGAGAUCCAUUACAUGAGGGACGCAGAGCGUGGUGUGGUAUGGGAGGAGACCAUCAUCCUUCUUCCCGAUAACGUGCAUUACGUGUUUCUGUCGGCCACCAUCCCCAACGCGCGGCAGUUCGCCGAGUGGAUCUGUCACCUGCACACACAGCCAUGCCACGUGGUGUACACAGACUACCGACCCACUCCGCUGCAGCACUACAUCUUUCCAGCAGGUGGCGACGGACUCCACUUGGUUGUGGAUGAGAAUGGCGAGUUCAGGGAGGAUAACUUCAACACAGCCAUGCAGGUUCUCCGGGAUUCCGGAGACUCCGGAGCGAGUGGAGGAAAAUGGGACCCUAGAGGAAGAAGAGGCGGGACCAAGGGUCCAUCCAACGUGUAUAAGAUAGUGAAGAUGAUCAUGGAGAGGAACUUCCAGCCCGUCAUCAUCUUCAGCUUCAGUAAGAAGGAGUGUGAGGCGUACGCUCUGCAGGUGUCCAAACUCGACUUCAAUACAGAUGAAGAGAAGAAGCUGGUGGAGGAGGUUUUUAGCAACGCCAUCGACUGUCUGUCCGAUGAGGAUAAAAAGCUGCCACAGGUGGAACAUGUUCUGCCUCUGUUGAAGAGAGGAAUCGGGAUCCAUCAUGGCGGACUGCUGCCCAUCCUGAAAGAGGCCAUCGAGAUUCUUUUCUCUGAGGGACUACUGAAGGCCUUGUUUGCAACAGAGACAUUUGCCAUGGGGAUCAACAUGCCUGCUCGCACCGUGCUCUUCACCAGCGCACGCAAGUUUGACGGCAAGGACUUCCGCUGGAUCAGCUCGGGUGAGUACAUCCAGAUGUCGGGCCGAGCUGGGAGGAGAGGGAUGGACGAGAGAGGAAUCGUCAUCUUUAUGGUGGAUGAGAAGAUGAGUCCAGCUAUAGGGAAGCAGCUCUUGAAGGGUUCUGCUGACCCUCUGAACAGCGCCUUCCACCUGACCUAUAACAUGGUCCUGAACUUGCUGCGUGUGGAGGAGAUUAACCCCGAGUACAUGCUGGAGAAGUCCUUCUACCAGUUCCAGCAUUACAGGGCUGUUCCUGGUGUAGUGGAGAAGAUGCAGAAGCUGGAGGAGAUGUACAACAGCAUCGAGAUCCCCAAUGAGGACAGCGUGGUCACUUACUAUAAAAUCCGGCAGCAGUUAGCCAAACUGGCCAAAGAGAUCGAAGAAUACGUGCAUAAACCCAAAUACUGCCUGCCUUUCCUACAGCCUGGCCGCCUAGUCAAGGUGAAAAAGGGUGAUUUGGAUUUUGGCUGGGGCGUCGUCGUUAACUUCUCCAAGAAAUCAAACGUCAAGGCCAGUACUGGUGAUCUGGACCCUCUGUAUGUAGUGGAAGUUUUAUUACACUGCAGUAAGGAAAGCGUGAAAAACGCUGCAACGGAGGCAGCCAAACCAGCGGCACAGGGAGAGAAAGGAGAGAUGCAGGUGGUGCCAGUCAUGCUGAAUCUUCUCACCUCCAUCAGUUCAGUGCGGCUCUACAUCCCCAAGGACCUGCGGCCCUACGACAACCGACAGAGCAUGCUUAAAUCCAUACAGGAGGUACAGAAACGUUUCCCUGAUGGUCUCCCUCUGUUAGACCCCAUCGAUGAUAUGGGAAUUACAGACUCAGGGCUGAAGAAGGUCAUCCAGAAGGUGGAGGCAUUCGAGCACAGGAUGUACACACACCCACUCCACACUGACCCCAGCCUCGGGGCUGUUUACACACUCUGCGAGAAGAAAGCAGUGGUUGCAGGAGAUAUCAAGGCGGCAAAGCGGGAGUUGAAGAGAGCCCGCACCGUGCUGCAGAUGGACGAGCUGAAGUGUCGGAAGCGUGUUCUGCGACGCAUCGGGUUCGCCACGUCCUCCGAUGUCAUCGAGGUCAAAGGGCGGGUCGCGUGCGAGAUCAGCAGUGCGGACGAGCUGCUCCUGACCGAGAUGAUGUUUAACGGUCUCUUUAACGAUCUGACUGCUGAACAAGCCACGGCUUUACUGAGCUGCUUUGUCUUCCAGGAAAAUGCUACUGAGAUGCCUAAACUUACAGAGCAGUUAGCAGGCCCACUCCGACAGAUGCAGGAAUGUGCCAAGCGCAUCGCUAAAGUCUCAGCCGAGGCGAAGCUGGACGUGGAUGAGGACGCCUACCUGAGCCAGUUCCGUCCUCACCUCAUGGACGUAGUGUACACUUGGGCCAACGGAGCCACCUUCUCUCAGAUCUGCAAAAUGACCGACGUUUUCGAAGGCAGCAUUAUCCGCUGCAUGAGGCGCCUGGAGGAGCUUCUGAGGCAGAUGUGCCAAGCGGCCAAGGCCAUUGGGAACACUGAGCUUGAGAACAAGUUCGCAAUCGGCAUCACGAAGAUCAAGCGUGACAUUGUGUUUGCUGCCAGUCUUUACCUGUGAGGGACGACGCUGCCGUUUAACGGAUUCCUUCCCUUUAUCAUGCGUUUGUUUCUUUCAUUUUUCAUAAAGACCCCAUGAAGACGGUGGUGACGGAACACAUUUAUUAACAUUCAGGUUCACAACUGUAAUGACUUCUCUUUCUUUCUUUGAACAGCAUGAUGCGUAUGUUUUUUUUUUUUUUUGUACAUAGUGUUUUAACAUAAUUUUAAUUAAAAAAAUUGUAUAGCAAUAGUUAUUUUUUUUUCUUCGUUCUUUAAAACAAAGUUGCCGGAGGAGCAAAUCUGUUAGCAUCAUACACAGGAAAGCAGCAUCAGCAGCCCAAAGGCAUCAUGGAACCCAGAGUCUGGGCAUAGCAGAGGGGGAAAGCAGGGGUUGCAUUCACAGGUUUCCACCCCAGUGGUCCUUCCUCACAGUCAGUGUGCGCUGACAAGACCGUGCUGUCGGAACAGCGAGACGCGGAACGAGGGUUCCUUGCAGCUUCAGUUAGUGACGUCGUAGUGGUUUCCGUUAGUCGGCGUCUCCUGCAGGGUGUUGUGCACCAUGUCGUCAUCUUUCUGCACGGCCGCCGGCUUCUUGAAGAAAUCGGACACGAAAAAGACCUGAGGGAGAAACGUGAGGAUUAAACGCGUUAUUAAAAUGACGCUCGUACAAGGUGCGCUGAAAAUAAUCACGUGGGACCACUGCUUAAAAUACAGGGGAGGACAAAUCGCUAACCCAAAGCUGAUUUCAUGUCCGGGCUACUCGAACUUCAGUUUGUACUCGCUUUGCAGACGAGUAGCGCUGCGUUCGACUUAACUCUGAAGUGGAAAGUCGGAACUGGGACUCGUAAUUUUUAACGCCUCCGCCGUUAGUCUUUUGUUAACGUUACAGACGUGUUCACUUGUUAAAUCUGUAUGUUGAUUGAUCGAAAGCAAAUACUCGUGUGUGUGUCAUUUCCUGGUCGGAAAUCACAAGUUAUGACUUUUUCUCGAAUGCAGCAUUUGUUCAGCGAGAAAUGAAAAUGAACCCUAACUCUCCUGUUGACUUUUUUUUGAUAUGCAUGUUUUAAAUGCAAUCUGUAAACCUUAAUGCGCUAGCUCUAGCACAUGGUUCCAAAUCCCAGCGCCUGCUGCUCUACACACAUUUCCAGAUCUUUACUUAGCGGGAUUAUGUAGCUUAAACACGACGUUCCAACUUAUUUAUUUUUUUUCCCCAGAGUCGGGGAAAAGUAAAACGUUGUCCCCUUGCCGUUAAGCAUACACAUCAGAACUACGGCUACACAGUCGUCUCCUCCUUGGGAACUCGUAUACGCACUUGUCUGUAUUAUAGGCAGCUAGAUUACCUGUGCAUGUAUUACACUGUUCAUUUGCGCCCGGUCAGUUAGAUUUCCAGACAACCGAAACAUCUGGGCAGCACACAGUGUCCUCGCUAAUAAAUUUCUAAGUCCUGAAAUAGGAUUUUGAUCAGUAGGUCAUGCACACUUUAGAAAUGACACAUUAACAAUAAAAGCUUCAUAUAAUACUUAAAUGAUGGUAAUAAAACUGAAGGGUCUGGUCACAUUAAGAUGUUAACCACAUAUCUUUAGGGGUAGCACAUCUGUAUAAAGAAAGCUCUCGAUACAUUUAUAGAAAACACGACCCACUUUUGAAGUUACUCUGUUUAUUACUGAGUUCUUGGAGUUCGCUAGUUCUACUGGUCACUAGGGCUUAAUCCAAAACUCAGUCACGCAGUUAUGCUUCGAAAUAAUGUGUUCUGUGCGUGGACCAUCCAGGAAUAAAAAGCUCGAUGACUACACUAAACAGCUAAAAUAUUACUGGAUAUGUUUAAAUAAUGAGCUUAAUGUUAAAAUCAAUAUAUGGGGUUCAGACGAUCAAGCUUAGGAUAAAAUCCCCCUGAGCUAGACCCCAUCAGAGCAGAUCCUGACAAGUCGCUUUAUUUUCAAGUGUUUGUACAGUGUACUUCUUAGUGGCACUGUUACCCAUAAUGCACUGCAAACACAUCAGUUUUAACACUGAAAAGCAACUGCUAGUUAGUCGGGUUACGGAGAUUACAUUCAAAUGAAUGUGUAAAGAAUUAACCUCAAAUUUAGUGCCGUUAUCUAUAAGCAAGGUCGUGUGAGGGGAAUUAAGUCAGGAACUGAUUGAGGACAUGGGGAUUAUAAUCAGCUACCGAUGGGUUCCAGUUGAAGUAAUUCUUUAGUGUGGAUGAUUGUAUGUUAAAUUCUGCCUCUGUAGGUUGCACUGAGUGAUGGGACAUGGUGAUUUUUCUAAAUCCAGAUUAAGCGUAGAUGCCGUUUUUUUUUGUUGUUGUUUUUAAGACCGUCGUAAAACUAAAGAAAGAGCCGAAUAGUCUGUGCAAUAAUCAACACCCUACUUGAAAAAAUAAAAUAAAGUAAAUAACAUUCACCAGG